AUGAGAAUUGAUGUCGUUCUUGUUCCCCAGGCCCACGAAUCCUUCUAUUAUAUAACCCCAAUACAACCUCAACCUCUAUCUCUCCUCCUAGAAGGUAAUCCGCCCUUCCAAAAAGAGUUCCUCAUUGAAAGCAGCAUUAGUUUUAGCCGCAAAUUACUCGUAAUUUGGUGCUUUUCUUUGGGCUUGAAAUAUCACUUUUUUCGAUUAUUUCGUUACCAUUCUUCGACAAACGGUAUUGUAGAAUUUGUUCUACACAUCCAAACGCCAUUAGUUCAUUCAUCACAUCAAGUGCCUACAACAUAA